UCCAUUCUCUAUAAUACAAAAUAACAAAUCUGACAUGAAACUAGAAGUUGCCAAUUUGUAGUGUGUUUUUGAAUGUCAACAUAACAUAACAUGAGUCACUGGACAAAGCUGACAACUAGCAAGAUGUGUUAUUUAAUUUGACAACAUUAUUUUGUUAUUUUCUUCUAAUUAUUACGAAUAGAUGAUAAAAGUGUUAGUCUAACUCUAACUUAAUUUUCUGCAUGAACCACAUGAGCAUGGUCAAAGAAUUGGCUAACAUAAUGGCCCCGGCUAGAUAAGAUUCGUUAUAUAUGUCAAUUCAAUUGAUGUUUUAUUUAUAAGAAAAUAAUCAGCAUUUUUUCUACAGUAUAGUUUAUGUAGGACUCUCACAUUUCCUUCAUAAGUGUGUAUAUGUACAGAACACCCUUUUUGAAGAAGCAGAAAAAAAAUGGGUGGGAACAAAAAGUCCAAGGUUGUGGAAAUUGACUCAAGGGAAUCAUGGGAACACUACAUCAUUGAAGCUACCAAUAAAGGAUGUCUUGUUAUGGUUCAUUUCUCUGCUUAUUGGUGCAUGCCAUCUAUAGCUAUGAACCCUUUCUUUGAAGAAAUGGCAUCCACCUAUCAAGAUGUCAUCUUUCUUAAGGUGGAUGUGGACGAAGUUAAGGAAGUAGCCUCCAAGAUGGAAAUCAAAGCCAUGCCUACCUUUUUAUUGAUGAGUGGAAGAACUCCAGUGGAUAAAGCUGUUGGUGCAAAUCCAAAUGAAAUAAGGAAAAGGUUGGAUCAUUUUAUUCACCAAAAACUCGUUCUUUCUCCAAAUCAUUCUACUGAACAGAAUUUGCCAGAGCUGUAAAUAAGACUUAAAAGUAUUUUUUUCAAUUUAAAUUUUAAAAUAUUAUUUAUUUCAUGUGUAAAAUAAUAUAUAUUCCAAGAGAACUGGUGUUGAUUUUUUUAUUAUUUGUAAACUUAUGUUUGGUGUGGAUGUGAAGUGACAAGUUGUGAAGUUGAUGUAUUGUUAAAAUUUAAAAGGGUAUUUGUUUUAAA